AUGGAGCAACAACCCCUUAAUCCCGAACCCCAGCAGGGGGAUCUGAACUGGCGUCUGAGUGCGCAUCCGAUUACGUUGCUUUGUUUCCUAGGCUUCCGCACCAGCGCCCUGCUGAUGUACCUAUUCGGGGUGCUCUUUAUUAAGAAUUUCAUCUUGGUCUUCAUCAUCACCCUGCUUCUCCUCGCAGCAGACUUCUAUUACCUCAAAAACAUUGCCGGACGUCGCUUAGUGGGUCUCCGCUGGUGGAAUGAAGUGAACAGCGCCAGUGGUGACUCGCAUUGGGUGUUCGAAUCCUCGGACCCAACAACUCGUAGGAUCGCGGCUACAGAUAAGAGGUUCUUUUGGCUUAGCUUGUAUGUGACGCCUGCGCUUUGGGUUGGACUGGCGAUUUUGGCCAUCAUUAGACUGAGCAGUGUUAUUUGGUUGAGCUUGGUUGCCAUUGCCCUCGUUUUGACAAUCACCAAUACUCUUGCCUUCUCACGGUGUGAUCGCUUCAGCCAAGCGUCCACCUUCGCCAACCGGGCACUGUCUGGAGGAAUUGUGAACAACAUCGCGGGGGGUCUGCUGGGCAGACUCUUCAAGUAA